CAGCAUACAUUAUAGUUUGUGUAUUUUUAAUUAUGCAAGCCGACUUUCAUCCAGCUAGUAUAAUCUGAACAGUGAACAGUCGUCACACUAGAUAUCUGAACAACGUCACCCUGCUCGAUGCCUCUCCAAGUCGUACAUAAUUUAUGGACGAGGGGCCGCUGAUGACGACGAACGACGACGAAAAACGAGACUGCUAAAUCAACCCUUGGCGCAUCACCAACAGAAUAGCGAAAUCGUAUGGAAAAAUAAAAGUCGCUGCAUUUAAAAGAAGUGAGAGCAUACGAUUUUGCAACUGGAACCAAAUAAAAAGGAACAGUGCGUUUGCACAUUUACAAAUAAUCGGAGAACUAUUAUACCGACAUUUACUACACAACGUUAUAUAAGGAAUUAGAAGUGACGUUGUUAUAGCAACAGUGUUUGUUUACGACUGAAUUUAAGUUGAAUUUUGAUCAACCGGAAAGUCACAUCAUGACAAGUGAACCAGAGAUAAUCCUGAACUUGGCAAAACAAGUUGGAUCAGUGAAGGAUUGUGAUAAAUUUUGCUUCGAAGCUUUAACUCAUGUAUCUACGUUACUUGAUGCUGAUAGAUGCAGCUUGUUUCUGGCAAGAGACACUCCUACGGGAGACGGAAAAGAACUGGCAUCAAGAUUAUGGAACGUGACACAAAAAUCAUCAUUCGAGGCAGCAAUGUGCGAUGCCAAGAAUGAAUUUGUUGUUGCAUUCGACGUAGGAAUAGCAGGGCAUGUAGCUCAGACAAGAGAAAAACUCAAUGUUUCCAACGUAUAUGAGCAUCCGAAUUUUACAAAAAUGUUUGACGAAAAAACAGGGUUUGUUUCUCGUGACAUCAUGUGUCUACCUCUAAUAUUACCUGACGACGACAAGUUAGUGGGUGUGGUGGAAGUCGUUAACAAGAAAAACGAAGAACCGUUCACAGAAGAAGACGAAGAGGUAGCACAACAUUUCAUUGUAUUAUGUGCUCUUGCUAUUCAACAUACAAGAAGAUCAGCACAGAUUACUAGACUGGAGCAAGCGGGAAAACUUCAGGAUGACUUGGCGGCUUCAGUGGCUAGUAAUUGGCAAGGUAGGAGCCUCGAUGCGGUAUUGAAAGAAGUCUUGACAAAAAUUUCUGAAGCAAUCAAAUGCGAAAGAUACACACUAGCUAUUGCGUUAGUCGACAACUGCAAUAUUGAAGGAUGUCUUCCACUUGCUAAAUCUUAUGACAUGCUGGUCAAGAAAGGGAGCAACCUUUUUGGCGAAGACGAUGGGGAGACACAAAUUGACGUUAUAAAACUGAAAAAGAACGACUGGAUAUUUGGUCACAAAGUCAUCGAAAAAGUUUUGGAAGAAAAAAAGAUGGUCAACAUGUCAAAAAUCAGUCCGUUUUCAGAAUUCAAGCUUGAGGAUGCAAAGAAAGAAUUCAGCUUGAAGACAGUACUUUGUACUUCGUAUUACGAUAGUGGUGGAAAAUUACUCGGUGUUUUACAUCUUGCUAACAAGAAAGGAGGAUUUACAGAAGGCGAUGAAGAAACUCUAGAAACCAUACGACCUUACAUUGUGAACGGUCUCUUGUACGCGAACGGAUUUAAUUCAAUUCGUUUGAAUAAAGCAAAAGAAGAAGUAUCUGAAGAAAUAGUCAGGUUUAACAUUAGAGCAGAUGAAAACGACGUCGAUAAAUUGAAGGUCAAAGAGAUACCUCCUGGUGAAGAUUACAAUUUGUAUGAAUUCACUUUCUCUGAUUUACCAAUGAUUGAUGACGAAACAGUGCUGGCAGCAAUGAGAAUGUUCACAGAUAUCGAUGCUUUUAAUAUGUUCAAAAUUCCUCAAACGACUAUGCUUCGGUGGAUCCUCAGCGUAAAAAGAUGUUACAGACCGGUAUACUAUCAUAAUUGGAGACACGGAUUUAAUGUUGCUCACACUAUGUUUUUACUCCAAGAUAGGAUGAUUAAAGACAGCGAGUGUACCAACAUCAAUAAUAUCUACACGGACGUUGAAAAAUUUGCCUUAAUAGUUGGAAGUUUUUGUCACGAUAUUGAUCACAGAGGAACGAACAACGCUUUCUUGAUCAGAGCUGGAGCACCUCUCGCUGUCCUAUAUAACACGUCGACAUUGGAAAACCAUCAUUACAAUACAUGCUUACAAAUCAGUAGGAUGGAAGGCAGCGAUAUUUUUGCAUCAUUUACCGAUGAAGAGUUCACUUAUGCUUGUGAAAUAAUGAAACAUGCUAUUCUUGCUACAGAUUUGGCUCUAUAUUUCCAACGAAGAAACACUUUCCGCAAACUUUUGGACGAAAAUAAACCGGAAGCUAGAGAUUUUACGACCACAGAUAAUAAAAUGUUACUGAUGUCGAUGUUGAUGACAGCAUGUGAUCUUUCUUCAAUCACGAAACCUUGGGAAGUUCAACAACUGAUGGCGGUCAAUGUCACAAACGAAUUUUACGACCAAGGAGAUCAAGAAAGACUAUUAUUUGGAACUGAACCAAUUGCUAUGAUGGAUCGGAAGAAACAAAAAGAUCUUCCCAAAAUGCAAAUCGGUUUUAUUGAUGGUGUCUGCUCAAUGGUGUACGAGAUGAUGGCAGAUUUUUGCAAUGGCUAUGCUCCAUUACGUGAUGGGAUGAGAGCAAACAGACAGCAUUGGACAGAAAGAGCAAAGGCGGAAGGUUUGGAUGUGGAUACUGGUCCGGCAAAGAAAGAGACAAAAGACGACGAUGGAUAUGCAAACAUGUGGGAGAAAUACUGGAACAUGGACCCAGAAAAUUUUAUCUGGGGUAUCGAUCCAAACGAGGCCCCACCUGAGGUUGUAAUUGAGAGAGUUGUAUUCUCACCUAAGAAAAAGAUGCCCAAAGCUCUCACGUCAGAAAUUUCAAACGGGGAAAAGACUCCAGCAAAAGGAAGGAAGAAAAAGAAACUGGCAGCACAAUUUGAAAAAGACUCGGGGUUGUCGCGGAAGUCACCGGUACCUAGCGCUGCAUCGGACUCCGGUUCUUCUUCCAAAAACAGUAAAAUGUGUCGAGUCAUGUGACUAGGCUGUCUCCCGAAGUGUCGUUCAAGGCGAUGAGGAAGCGAAGUUGCGUGAACGCGAGUUUGCAUAGGCUGACACUGAAAAACAUUGUUCACUCCUCGACUACCAGAAUUUGAAAACGUGCGAUUAGGAUUCCAGACGCAAAUGUACUGUUUAUACUAGGUCAUUAUAUGUUUUUACAAAUGAGUUUAGUAUUAUGAUCCUGAUAAUCGAAACCUAAUAUGUUUAAACUAAAGAUGUAAUAUAUCGUCUUGUCAACUUCUAAAUAAUUAGUAAAAAAUUAUCAAAAUUUAUUGCAAAUAUCGUAAACGCAAUUUAUCCGCUUGUAAGAUCUUCCACAUCACCUAGAGUUUUGCGCUUGCAAUCUUGCGCAAAACGCGACGCAGAGGGAGAGAGCCUAGUAAGAGAUAAAUACACAGAUAUAUACUGUUGAUAUGAAAACGAACAACUUAUAUGAGAGUGGCGUGGCAUGUUACAUCGAAAAUCUAUUCUCCAAAGCAGAUCAUGGACGCAUAUCACCUGUAUAUGAUUCUAAAGUAUAUUCGUCUGCUUUUGAAACUUGGAACGGUGUGUUGCUGAUGCCCUCUGAUCGGAAGAAUAGCACAGUCGAUGAAAACAAACUGAGCAAAAAUAGACUCUUUAUUUCAAUUAAUUAUUUUUCGAAUAUUAUAAUGAGAUGUUUGUUAUAUACUUUUUUUCUUUUAAAUUGUGAUAUUAUAUUAGAACGUAUAUAUUUCUCUGCUUCAGCCGUUUUUUUGGACUCGAUUUCGUUAUAUUUUAUUUCCUAUUUCACUUGUUAUCUCCGACAUGUAUUUAUACCCGAUCUUCCCACGUUGUUUAUGUCACUGAAUUUUGGUAUAUAUACACAACCAGGUCUGAGAUAAUUCGCACUGGGUCGUUCUACAAAUUCCUAGAUUCUACAAGUCAAAUUUCAAAAUGUGUAUUAACUCUAAGCUCAAAAUUUUUUUGAAACAAACCUAUUUUUUAAACGAAUAAUGAGUUAUUUUUCGUAAAAAAGAUUGAUAAUUGAUUUUUCUUCAAAAUUGCCACUGUGACACUUUCAAUAUUUCAGCAAAAAUUUAGCAGAAAUAAUAUCGGUAAAAUGUGAAAAGUCGCUCAACAAUAUUUGUCCUCAUUUGAAUGUCGAACCAUCUUUCUGAAAUAUCGUUUUUAGAAGAAGAAAAAAAACGAUCCAGAAAGAAAAUAAAGAGCAUCAUUAUUGAUAUUCACCACUGUACAUCAUGUUUCUUUCUUGUUAAAAUACGUGUUGUGAACUUUCUUGAUCAUAUAUACGCCAAUGAUGAUUUAUCAACUUUGUGGGUUAUCGCUGGUCCGUGUGUGAUCAAGCAAAAGUUAUCCAAUUUGAGAUUUAUGCUUCGAAUUCUUCAAUGUUCUUGCUUUAUUCGAGUUACUUAUUUCUGUUUUAUUAUUUUAUUCUAUUCUAUUUUUUGACUCCGGAUUUCCUCACUUCCACAUUAAGUGAAAAAACAGUGAAAAGUUGCCAUUUUUGUAGUUUACUUGUACUAACACACACACAAUUCAGCUUUUACACUUUAUUAACACAAUUUUCAGAUCUUGGCCUAUAUAAUUAGGAAUAUUGUAAAAUUAAUUUUGAAUAUAUAUUCGAAUAUUUUAAAUAUAAAUCGAAUAGUUCAACUAACAAAAUUUGAAAGAAAAACACAUGGCACAUGUCAAAUUGUGUACUGUGGCAUAUUAAAUAGUACCAUUGAGUAAUCAAUGCGUGAAUUGUAUAAAAAAUUCACUUCAAACUGAAGGUGUCUUUCUAAAACUGUUCGGAAAUGGCACUUCAUUCAUUGUUUUCUGUACGAACACAUGGAUAGAGAUCAUUAUAUAUACUUUGCCACAAGUAAAAGCAAUCCUGUAUAUCUUCGCUUAUGAGAUCAAUUCCGUCUUAAGUACAUAAUUCACAUUCAAUUCGACACGAAAAUUUCAAACAAUAUUUCAACUUUAGAAAAAUAUUCUCAAUAGCUCGCAUCUAUUUUGAUAUUGUUGGUUCGUUACACAUAGUAUUUAAUUUAACAAUUUUCUAGUAAUGGUUAUUAUUUUUUCGUGCCGUCCAUUUCAACGUAUAUUUAUCAUUUUAAAAAUACACCCUGUUAAGUCGGGCUGGUAGUGAGAUGCUACGGCCACCCUUUUUAGCAUAGAUCUUUGCUAAAUUUUGAGUAAUAUUUGCGAUGAAUAAAUUCUGUUAUUAAUAUCUAUUGAUUAAUAUUAUUAUUAUUAUUUACGUUGCAAUAAACUGAAAGUUCUAUAAGCACCAAGGAA